AUGGGUAAAUACACUGGUAAAAACGGUACCAUAGAGAGGGAAAACUUGGACAAAUUUGAAAGAAACAAUGAAUCUUUCAAGAAGUCUUCAAAAUUCUCAAAAGAUAAAAAAUUAAAACAUGGUUUACGUAAAAUUGAUGGACAAUAUAAAGAAGCUGUUAGAUCAGCUGCUGCUACUGAAAUGUUAUUACAAGAAGAUGCAGGGUUUUUAGAAGCCGAGGGGAUGGAGAAAACUUACAAGUUUAAACAAGAUGAAAUCAAAUCAGCAGUGGAUCAAAGUACAGUUAAUAAGGCUUUUGAUUUGAAACUAAAUGAAUUUGGUCCAUAUACUCUAGAUUAUUCAAGAAACGGUACAAGUUUAUUGAUUGGUGGUCAAAAAGGUCAUGUUGCCAUGAUGGAUUGGAGAAAAGGUCAAUUAAAUGCAGAAUUACACCUAGGAGAAACUGUUAAUGCUGUUAAAUUUUUACAAAAUGAUCAAUUCUUUGCAGUGGCUCAAAAAAAAUAUACCUUUAUUUAUGAUCAUGAAGGUGCUGAAGUGCAUAGAAUGAAACAACAUAUUGAUGUUAGACACUUAGAAUUCUUACCUUAUCAUUAUUUAUUAGCCACUGCUGGUAAUACUGGGUUUUUAAAAUAUCAAGAUGUUUCAACAGGUUUACUUGUUAAUGAAAUUAGAACAAAAUUGGGACCAACUACUGCAAUGAGACAAAAUCCUUAUAAUGCUAUAAUGCAUUUAGGUUCUUCUAAUGGUGUUGUUUCAUUAUGGAGUCCUUCUUCAAAUGAACCUUUAGUUAAAAUCCAAAGUUGUAGAGGUCCAGUUAAAAGCAUAGCAAUGGAUAGAUCUGGGAAUUAUAUGGCUGUUGCAGGUACUGAUAAGACUUUAAAAAUUUGGGACAUCAGAAACUUCAAAGAAUUAUACUCAUACUAUACUCCAACACCAGCUUCGAAUCUUGAUAUAUCAGAUACUGGUUUAUUAUCAGUUUCUUGGGGUCCUCAUGUCACAGUAUGGAAGGAUGCUUUCAAAACAAAACAAAAUUCACCAUAUAUGAAUCAUUUAAUACCUGGUUCUCAAAUACAGACGGUAAGAUAUGUCCCAUUUGAAGAUUUCUUGGGUUGUGGUCAUAGUAAAGGUGUCACUAAUUUAAUUAUUCCAGGUUCUGGUGAAGCUAAUUUCGAUGCAUUAGAAAUUAAUCCAUAUGAAACUGCUAAACAAAGACAAGAAUCUGAAGUUCGUUCAUUAUUACAAAAAUUACCUGCAGAUACUAUUUCCUUGGAUCCAAAUGUUAUUGGUACUGUGGACAAAAGAUCAAAUCAACAAAGAUUAAGACCUGGUGAAUUGAAAGAAUUGGAAAAGAAGAAAGCUGAAGAAGAAGAAGCUAAAUUGGAACCAAGACAAAAAACUAGAGGUAAAAAUUCUGCUCUACGUCGUCAUUUACGUAAGAAGGCUAAGAAUGUUAUAGAUGAAAGAAGAAUGAGAAUUGAAGCUAAUCUAAAGAUUGAAAAAGAACAAAGAGCUAAAAGAGUAAGACAAGAGAAAGGAUUGCCUGAAGAGAAGGAAUUAUUGGGACCAGCAUUAUCUAGAUUUAAAUAA